GGAGGUGAGGCGAAGAAGCCCCACGGAGGCUUAAGGCAAACCGCUCCGCCCUGCGCCCCCGAUGAAACAUUCUUCUUGCUAAUCGGGAACAGUUCCCCUCCCUGAAGACGCUCUCACACACAAAGAGGCAGCACGAAGGAGCAGCCGGUAGAAGUCCACAUCUAGAAGUGGGUCCGUGAAGCCCAGCGAGGUGCCGGAACGUGAAAGAGGAUGGAGGAAAUUAUGGAUAAUAGCCCACAGAUGAAAAACAUUGGCAGUGCCAGGCCGGUUCCGACCGGGAAAGGCCCCCAACCCCCAUGUGUUAAGCAGGAAACUGUGGAGGUGCUGUCCCACCACUGGGAAACACGGUGGCAAGAGGAGAUCACACAGUCCCCUGACAGAGGAUCGAGGAAUCUUGAGACAUCUGAGAUCCCCGGGCCAUGGGAUGACGCCAAGGCUUUCCUGGCCUCCUUCGAACAACUGGCGGCGGCGUGCCGGUGGCCUCGGGACAAGUGGGUGGCCCUCCUCCUGCCAUCCCUCAGCGGAGAAGCCGAGCAGGCCUUCAGCGGCCUCAGUGUUCUUGACCGAGGAGACUACGGGAAGGUGAAGGCGGCCAUCUUGGAAGGGGAGGCCAUCUUGCGGGAGAGGCAGCGCCAGCACUUCCGGCAAUUCUGCUACCAGGCCACGGAGGGGCCGAGAGGCGUCCACAGCCGACUGCGGGAACUCUGCUGCCGGUGGCUGAGAGCCGAGAGGCACUCGAAGGAGGAGAUCCUGGAGCUGCUGAUCCUGGAGCAGUUCCUGACCGUCCUGCCCCAGGAAAUGCAGGGCUGGGUGAGGGAACGGGGCCCAGAGUCCUGCACCCAGGCCGUAUCUUUGGCGGAGGCAUUUUUGCUGAGGGAGCAAGAGCCUGGCAGAUGGAAAGCGGGGAAGUCACCUGUGGAGGAGGCCACAAAUCCCUCUGAAGCAGGCCAGGCUCUGCCGGAAGCGUGGAACAGGCAGCUCCUCUUUCGGGAGGCCAAGCAAGAGGGGGAUGAAGUUGUGAGCGCUUUAGCAGGUGAUGAGAAGGACAAUGGGAAUAAAAAGAAACCAUCCAUCAUUUCCUUGGAAACAGUCAGGCAUGAAGCAGAACAAGAGACCAAAGCAGAACCAGACUGUCACAAGGGAAAUCCAUCAAAGCCUGAGAGAGAAAAAUCACCUGUUUCUCAGAGUCCUGAUUUCCAGGAACAAAUAAUUGAAGAUCAAUUAAAAUUAAGAAAACACUGCUCAGCCCACACAGGGGGAAAUCUAUAUCAGUGCAUAGCAUGUGGAAAGAGCUUUAGCAGAAGCAGCAGUCUUAGGAGACAUGAACAAAUCCACACAAGGGGGAAACCAUAUGAAUGCAUGGAGUGUGGAAAGAGCUUCAGCCAAAAUCAGACCCUCAUUAACCAUAGAAGAACCCACACAGGGGAGAAACCAUAUGAAUGCAUGGAGUGUGGAAAGAGCUUCAGUGUUCGUCAAAGUCUUACUGACCAUGAAAGAAUCCAUAGAAGGCAAACACCAUUCAAAUGUAUGGAAUGUGGAAAGGAGUUCAGAAAGAGUAACCAAUUUGUUACACAUCAAAGAACACACACAGGGGAGAAGCCGUAUAAAUGCAUGGAGUGUGGAAAGAGCUUCAGCGGAAAUCAGACCCUCGUUAGCCAUAGAAGAACCCACACAGGGGAGAAACCAUAUCAAUGCACAGAAUGUGGAAAGACCUUCAGCUUAACCAGCAGACUUCAUAUACAUCAAAGAAUCCACACAGGAGAGAAACCAUAUAAAUGCACGGAGUGUGGAGAGAGCUUCAGCCAAAAUCAGAAUCUCAUUAAGCAUAGAAGAUCCCACACUGGUGAGAAACCAUAUCAAUGCACAGAUUGUGGAAAGACCUUCAGGUUAACCAGCAGACUUCGUAUACAUCAAAGAAUCCACACAGGGGAGAAACCAUACAAAUGCAUGGAGUGUGGAAUGGGCUUUAGAACAAAGCACAAAUGCAAUAUACAUCAAAGAAUCCAUACAGGAGAGAAACCAUAUACGUGUAUGGAGUGUGGAAAGAGUUUCAGCGUAAGCAGUAACCUUAGGAUACAUGAAAGAAUCCACAGAGGAGAGAAACCAUAUAAAUGCAUGGAGUGUGGAAAGAGCUUCAGCGUAAGCAGUAGCCUUACGGUACAUCAAAGAAUCCACACAGGGGAGAAACCAUAUAAAUGCAUGGAGUGUGGAAAGAGCUUCAGCAUAAGCACUACCCUUACAGUCCAUCAAAGAAUCCACACGGGGGAGAAACCAUAUAAAUGCAUGGAGUGUGGAAAGAGCUUCAGCGUAAGAAGUAGCUUUACAGUACAUCGAAGAACCCAUGGCGGGAAGCGCUGCGCCCGCCUGCAGGGGAGAAGGGGGCGUUUGAAGGGCUGUUUGAAAGAGGGAUCUUUCGGGGUGCGAGAGGAGGAGGAGGAGGGGCACGAGGGAACGCAAGGCGGAGAUGCUGACCCAGGAGGUGAGGCGAAGAAGCCCCACGGAGGCUCAAGGCAAACCGCUCCGCCCUGCGCCCCCGAUGAAACUGUGGAGGUGCUGUCCCACCACUGGGAAACACGGUGGCAAGAGGAGAUCACACAGUCCCCUGACAGAGGAUCGAGGAACCUUCAGACAUCUGAGAUCCCCGGGCCCUGGGAUGACGCCAAGGCUUUCCUGGCCUCCUUCGAACAACUGGCGGCAGCGUGCCGGUGGCCUCGGGACAAGUGGGUGGCCCUUCUCCUGCCAUCCCUCAGCGGAGAAGCCGAGCAGGCCUUCAGCGGCCUCAGUGUUCUUGACCGAGGAGACUACGGGAAGGUGAAGGCGGCCAUCUUGGAAGGGGAGGCCAUCUUGCGGGAGAGGCAGCGCCAGCACUUCCGGCAAUUCUGCUACCAGGCCACGGAGGGGCCGAGAGGCGUCCACAGCCGACUGCGGGAACUCUGCUGCCGGUGGCUGAGAGCCGAGAGGCACUCGAAGGAGGAGAUCCUGGAGCUGCUGAUCCUGGAGCAAUUUCUGACCGUCCUGCCCCAGGAAAUGCAGGGCUGGGUGAGGGAACGGGGCCCAGAGUCCUGCACCCAGGCCGUAUCUUUGGCGGAGGCAUUUUUGCUGAGGGAGCAAGAGCCUGGCAGAUGGAAAGCGGGGAAGUCACCUGUGGAGGAGGCCACAAAUCCCUCUGAAGCAGGCCAGGCUCUGCCGGAAGCGUGGAACAGGCAGCUCCUCUUUCGGGAGGCCAAGCAAGAGGGGGAUGAAGUUGUGAGCGCUUUAGCAGGUGAUGAGAAGGACAAUGGGAAUAAAAAGAAACCAUCCAUCAUUUCCUUGGAAACAGUCAGGCAUGAAGCAGAACAAGAGACCAAAGCAGAACCAGACUGUCACAAGGGAAAUCCAUCAAAGCCUGAGAGAGAAAAAUCACCUGUUUCUCAGAGUCCUGAUUUCCAGGAACAAAUAAUUGAAGAUCAAUUAAAAUUAAGAAAACACUGCUCAGCCCACACAGGGGGAAAUCUAUAUCAGUGCAUAGCAUGUGGAAAGAGCUUUAGCAGAAGCAGCAGUCUUAGGAGACAUGAACAAAUCCACACAAGGGGGAAACCAUAUGAAUGCAUGGAGUGUGGAAAGAGCUUCAGCCAAAAUCAGACCCUCAUUAACCAUAGAAGAACCCACACAGGGGAGAAACCAUAUGAAUGCAUGGAGUGUGGAAAGAGCUUCAGUGUUCGUCAAAGUCUUACUGACCAUGAAAGAAUCCAUAGAAGGCAAACACCAUUCAAAUGUAUGGAAUGUGGAAAGGAGUUCAGAAAGAGUAACCAAUUUGUUACACAUCAAAGAACACACACAGGGGAGAAGCCGUAUAAAUGCAUGGAGUGUGGAAAGAGCUUCAGCGGAAAUCAGACCCUCGUUAGCCAUAGAAGAACCCACACAGGGGAGAAACCAUAUCAAUGCACAGAAUGUGGAAAGACCUUCAGCUUAACCAGCAGACUUCAUAUACAUCAAAGAAUCCACACAGGAGAGAAACCAUAUAAAUGCACGGAGUGUGGAGAGAGCUUCAGCCAAAAUCAGAAUCUCAUUAAGCAUAGAAGAUCCCACACUGGUGAGAAACCAUAUCAAUGCACAGAUUGUGGAAAGACCUUCAGGUUAACCAGCAGACUUCGUAUACAUCAAAGAAUCCACACAGGGGAGAAACCAUACAAAUGCAUGGAGUGUGGAAUGGGCUUUAGAACAAAGCACAAAUGCAAUAUACAUCAAAGAAUCCAUACAGGAGAGAAACCAUAUACGUGUAUGGAGUGUGGAAAGAGUUUCAGCGUAAGCAGUAACCUUAGGAUACAUGAAAGAAUCCACAGAGGAGAGAAACCAUAUAAAUGCAUGGAGUGUGGAAAGAGCUUCAGCGUAAGCAGUAGCCUUACGGUACAUCAAAGAAUCCACACAGGGGAGAAACCAUAUAAAUGCAUGGAGUGUGGAAAGAGCUUCAGCAUAAGCACUACCCUUACAGUCCAUCAAAGAAUCCACACGGGGGAGAAACCAUAUAAAUGCAUGGAGUGUGGAAAGAGCUUCAGCGUAAGAAGUAGCUUUACAGUACAUCGAAGAACCCAUUCAGGGGAAUAACCAAAAAAAUGGUUAGAGUAUAGAUAGAGCUUCAUUCAUUCAACGACCUUUACUCAACAUCAAAGUACUCACACAACAAUGAAGCCAUGUAAAUCUGAAUAGUGGAAAAAGCUUCAGUGAGAGCUAAGUUCUUACUUUACAUGAAAGAACCCAUACAAGAAUGAAAUUAUUUAAACCUAUACAUUGUAAAAUGAUCUUGUCCAUUUCCAAAAUUAUUUUCAAUAAUGAAGGGAGACUCUUCACUGCCAGCACAAUUUUUCAAGUAGAUUAUUAUCAUUAGGUAUUAUUAUUUAUGCAAAAUAUUUAUGUGCUGCUUCUCAU